CCGCCGGGGGCCCGGGAGGCCGUCCACCCGGCCGCGCUGGCCGGCUGCACCGUCCUGCUGGCCGCCGUCUUCGGGCUGGGCUCCUACGGCAACCUCGUCGUCUUCUCGUCCUUCUUCGACCCGGCCUCCCGCAGGUUCCGCGCCGACUCCGACUUCCUGAUCCUGAGCCUGUCCCUCUGCGACCUGCUGGUCUGCGCGGUGACGGCGCCCAUGCUGGCCUACGGCCUGCUGGCCGAGGCCGCGGCCGCGGGCGUCCCCGGCGCCUUCUGCCUGGCCUUCCGCCUGACCGGCUCCGGCUUCGUCCUCGUGUCCCUCGAGACGGCGGCGGUCAUCGCCCUGCGCCGGCUGCGCGUGGCGCUGGGCCGGCAGCCCGACCGGCCGGCCUCCCUCCCGGCCGCGCUGCUCCUCACCCUGGCCCUCUGGGCGGCCGGCUUCACCCUGGCGGCGCUGGCCACGCUCCGGCCCGCCCGCUCGCGCCUCUGCCUGCCCCUGGCCGGCCCGCCCGGCGGGGGGGGGACGACCGUCCUCUGCCUCUACGCCGCCGACUUCGCCCUCUGCGUGGCCGUGGUGGCCGUCUCCUACGUCGCCAUCGCCCGGGCCCUGUGGAGGAACGCCCGGGGGCGGAGGCGCCCCCCGGGCCCGGCCCGCGGGCCGCGGCGGCCCCCCGGCGGGACCCCGGCCCCGGCCCCCGGGGGCGUCCGGCGGCCCGGCCCGGCCCCCUGCCGCGGCCGGGACUACGGCCGGCUGCGGCCGCCCUCGGCCGCCGCGCUGGCCCCGGCCCGGGACUCGCGGGCGGUGCUGACCUGCGUGGUCAUCGUGCUGUCGGCCCUGCUCUGCUGCCUGCCCCUGGGGGUGGCCCUGGCCGGGGCCGCGUGGGGCGGGGGCGGGGGCGGCCUCCUCUACCAGCUGGAGCUGUGCGGCUUCACCCUGGCCUUCGGCAAGUCGGGCCUGAACCCUUUCAUCUACUCGCGGAAGGGCGCCGGCCUGCGGCGGAAGGCGCUGGGCUGCUUCCGGGCCUUCCCCCCGGGCCUCUCGGCCCGCUGCCGUCGCCGCCGCCUCUGCUGCCGGCACAGGACCCGCCUCCGCGCCCUGGGCGAGGGCAGCCUGGACGUCAACAGGAACAAGUCGUCCCACCACGAGACCAACUCGGCCGGCCCGCCGUCCCCGCGGCCCGGGGAGGGGGCGGCCGGGGGCCCCCGCCGCUCCCGGGACGCCGGCUCCGGGCCCCCGGGCCUGCCAUUGGGCGGUCUGGGGAAGCGGCCCGGCCCGGUGGCGAGAACCCGGGCCCGGGAGUCAGAAGGUGGCGGGUUCUGA